AUGACUACGACAGUUAGUCCUUCAUUAAGUCAAAAUCUUGAAACAUUCAUUCUUAUUUGGCUUGAUAGUUUAGUUAAUUUAUCCGAAGACAAUAUUGAUACUAAAAAAUUACUUCGAAAAGCUAUUACUUAUGUCAUACCAUUUGAUGAUAGUGAAAAAUGUAUGGAAUUUAUUCGAUCUAAUUCACACGAAAGAAUUGUUUUAAUUGUUAGUGGUCGAUUAGGACAAAUGCUAGUACCACGUAUUCAUGAAUUUUCACAAUUAAUUGCAAUUUAUGUUUAUUGUUCUGACAAAAAACGAAAUGAACAAUGGGCUAAAAAUUUCAUUAAAGUCAAAGGUGUUAUUGUUGAUUUAAAUGAAUUAGUUAUACGAAUAAAAUCGGAUCAAAUCAAACGAAAUGAUUAUAAAAUUGAUGAGUCAUUACCAAUCAGUGUUUUUAACAAAAAUUCUCAAGAAAAACCAGUUGUAGUUAUAAAUAAUAAUAAUUUUAUUUAUUUUCAAUUAAUAAUCGAUUGUUUAAGUCGAAUGAACUCAAAUUUAAAUGAAAAAAAUGAACUUAUUUUAUUAUGUAAGGAAGAAUAUAAAGACAAAAAAAAAGAAUUAAGUAUUAUUUACGAAUUUGAAGAAAAUUAUUCAUCUGAUCGCGCAAUAUGGUGGCUAACAAGAGACUCAUUUGUUUAUGAAAUGUUGACUAAAGCAAUUCAAGAUAUAAAUAUUGAUUUAUUAUAUCAUUUUCAUUUUUUUCUUAGUGAUAUUCGAAAACAAUUAAUAGAAAAUAAAUAUUCAUUACCAAUACGUACCUAUCGAAGUCAAUUAAUGUCAAGUCAAGAAAUAAAACUAUUAAAGUAUUCUAUGGGAGAAUUAAUUUCUAUCAAUACAUUUCUUUUUACAACACCAAAUCGUCAACGUGCAAUUGAAAUGUUUCAAAAUUCUGAUACAAAACCGGAUUUCAAACGAGUUUUAUUCGAAAUUGAUGCUGAUCCUCAACUUGAAAACAUGAAACCAUUUAGUGAUAUCACUUCAUUAAAUUAUUUUACUGGUGUAGAUAUUAUACUUUUUAUGGCCGGAACAAUAUUUCAUCCAGUUGAUAUAUGUCAAGAAAAUGAUAUUAUUAUAAUACAAAUGGAAGCACACAGUGAUAAUGAUCCAACUAUUAAGACAACUAUUGAUAAUAUUAAAGGAGAAGAUUAUGGUGAUACACCAGAUCUAUUUUCACUUGGUUAUAUACUUUCAAAGAUGAAAAAAUUUGAUGAUGCUGAAAAGUAUUAUAAUCGAUUAUUACAGGAGAUGCCUAAUGAUCAUCAUUCAGUGAUAUGCUGUUAUCAAGGCUUUGGUAGGCUAGCAAUGGAAAAGCGAAAUUAUGAUUUGAGUAUUGAGUGGUAUCAAAAAGCACUUGAUAUAAAGACAUCAAUAUUAAGACCUGAAGAUCCUGAAAUUGCUUCUGCACAUAGCACUAUAGCAGAUAUUUAUGUGAAGAAAAAUGCAUUCAAUGAAGCAUUUCAAUCAUAUACUCAAGCGUUGAAAAUAUGGAGUCGAGCAUUAGGUAAAGAUCAUCCUAAAGUUGCAGCAUGUUACAAAAAUAUUGCUGUUACAUUUGAAAUGCAAAAUAAAUAUAAUGAAGCCGUUGAUUAUUAUGAAAAAGUUUUAACAAUAUAUGAAAAAAAUCCGCUUGAUAAUGAAGCUGAUAUAGCUAAAUUACAUAAUCAUAUGGCAAUUAUAUGUACUACUAUUGAUGAUGUUAAUCAAACAUUAAAACAUUACAAGUUAGCUUAUAAAAUCCUCUCAAAAAUUUAUUCUAAUAACCAUCCAGAUGCGAUAACAGCAUUGAAAAAUAUUGGUUAUACGUAUGAAGCAGCUGGUCAUUUCAAGGAAGCUCUAGCAUAUUAUGAAAAAAUAGCUUCAAUACAUCAUCAACUAUUACCUUCAAAUCAUCCUGAAGUUGUUGGAAUUCAAGGAGAUAUUAAACGUGUACAUUCACAAUUGAAAUAA